AUGAUGUUCCCAAGUCUCAUAGCUCCUCCGGCUGUGUACCCGAAUCUCCUGCGGCCAACUCCUACUUUAACUUUGCCUCAGUCUCUGCAGUCAGCCUUUUCUAGCCAUUCUAGCUUCUUGGUGGAAGAUUUGAUCAGGAUCAGCAGGCCUGCCAGUUACCUGCCUCGGAACGGCCCUCCGCCUAGCAUGUCCCCUCCAGCCUCCGGGACCAGCACAGCCAGGACAGACACUGUGACAUCAGAGCUCGUCAGCUGCAACACCUCUAGCGCUAGGAGGGUCUGUUCCCCGCAGACUUCAGUCUCAUCCAAUAACGAUUCCACUUUCCUGAAGUUUGGGGUCAACGCCAUCCUCUCGUCCACUCCUAGAGCUGAAACCUCCCCUGCGUUGCUUCCGAGUGUCCCUCCAAAGACAUUCUCCUUUCCAUACUUUGAAGGAUCCUUCCAGCCUUUUAUCAGAUCUUCUUAUUUCCCAGCGUCCUCCUCGGUCGUGCCUAUCCCCGGCACUUUCUCCUGGCCCCUGGCUGCUAGAGGGAAGCCCCGCAGAGGGAUGCUUCGCAGGGCAGUCUUCUCGGACGUGCAACGCAAAGCUCUGGAGAAAAUGUUUCAGAAGCAGAAGUACAUCAGCAAACCAGACAGGAAAAAGCUGGCAGCCAAACUGGGGCUCAAAGACUCGCAGGUGAAGAUCUGGUUCCAGAACAGAAGGAUGAAGUGGAGGAACUCCAAAGAGAGAGAGCUUCUCUCCUCCGGGGGCUGCAGGGAACAAACCUUACCCACCAAGUUCAACCCUCACCCAGACCUCAGCGACGUAGGCAAGAAAUGUUCAGAGGAGGAGGAGGAGGAGGAAGUGUCCCCUCUGUGCCCAGCCAGCCCUCGGCACACCCUGACCUACCACCAGUCCCCAGAGCACCUGCACUUGAGGGACAGACUGGACUCCCAGAUGCCCCCCUCUCCAUCCCACUCCAGCAGCCCCAGCAAACCUUCAGACUUCUCAGACUCGGAGGAAGAGGAUGAUGAGGGGGAAGAGGAAGAGGAGGAGAUCACAGUCUCUUAG